AUGGUACAACUUAAAGAACCGGUUCAGCUGCCGCCUCGAACAUCUCUAUUAUAUAAUAAUGCGAAUAAUAGUAGUAGUCGUAUAAAAGAGACAAACAAAGUCAAACUAUCUUAUAAUCCCUUAUCAAAGAGGCAGGUCCUAAACACUUACGAUAUUUUAGGGACUCUGGGUAAUGGGCAAUAUGGUAAAGUGAAAUUGGCAAGGGAUCUUACCACGGGUGAAUUGGUCGCAAUUAAAAUUCUCAACAGGUUCGAAAGGAAAAGCGGCUAUUCUUUGCAAGGGACAGUAGAAAAUCCAAGAAUUGAGCAAGAAAUUGAGAUAAUGAAAAGAUGCCACCACGAAAACAUUGUGAAACUAUACGAGAUUUUGAAUGAUCCCGAAAGCACAAAAGUUUACCUGGUACUGGAAUACUGCUCAAGGGGCCCCGUUAAGUGGUGUCCAGAGAACCAACUAGAAAUAAAAGCAGUGGGGCCGUCAAUACUCACUUUUGGACAAGCAAGGAAAAUACUAUCGGAUGUAGUAUCGGGUCUAGAGUAUCUACAUUCCCAAGGCAUUACACAUAGAGACAUCAAGCCAUCGAACUUGUUAAUCUCAUCAAAUGGCACAGUGAAAAUAUCCGAUUUUGGCGUUUCCAUAUUGACAGCAGCUGAAAAUACUAAUAUUCAAUCAUCGCAUGAACAAAUUUCAAAAUCCAAAACACUUGGCACCCCAGCAUUUUUUGCACCUGAACUUUGUACCACUGAAGGAGACUAUCGUUGCUCAUCCGCCAUUGACAUAUGGUCGUUGGGAGUAACUCUUUAUUGCAUGUUGUUCGGAAAAUUACCUUUCAACGCUAAUUCUGGCUUGGAACUAUUUGAUAAUAUUAUUAGCAAACCUUUAUCCUUCCCUUCUUACGAGCAGGUGUCUAAGCGUGGCCAUCCAAACUUAACAAGAGAAGAGUAUAACGAUGCCAAGGACAUAUUAAACAGGCUAUUGAAGAAAAAUCCUAGUGAGCGGAUAACUUUGGCAGAAAUAAAGACACACUCAUUCAUGUGUCGUUACGGUAAUAGUGCUGUUGUUGCCAAAUCUAUAUCAACUGAUUCGGAAACAUUUAGUGAGUUAAAGGUUCCACAGCACCCGCCGCCUUCAUCCAAAAAGGCAGAAUUGCUCAAUCUGCCAAUAAAUUCAUCUUUUUCUUCCUUAGAUAGUGUCUAUAUGGAAAAUUUUGACCGCGAUAACCUCAGAUCUGACGCUGAAAGAAACCCAAGAUACUCACCUUCACCAGCCGGUGCAGGUACAUUAUCUCCCCCAGUAUAUCACAACAUUAAUUCUAGAGAGUCAUCUUUUUCUUCCUUUUCCUCUUUCACUUCAUCUACCGCCUUCACAUCUCAAAUCAGCAUUCAAGAUGCCCCGCCCAUCAGUAACCAAUACUGCUCUGUAGACGAAGAUGAAGGUGUGUCAAGGAUUAAUUCCUGUGCGCCCGUCCAAUAUAGAAUUGUACCUCCUUUUGGAGAACAUUCUUUCGAGAACACACAAACGGAUCUAAGUCCUGCACUCACACCUGUUGGUGAUUUUCAUCAGCAAAUGCAUACUUGCCUGCAACUAGACAGUCAAGUAGUAAAAGAAAAUCCUGGAAGUAAGCGAGAAUUUAAGACGGAGACAGAUGGGUCAAUCGUGUUAAAUGCGGGUGAUGCGCAACAUACGAGAAGGCAAAUGUCGAUAUAUAAGCUUUAG